AUGGACCUCACAGAGAAAGGAGCAGCAGAAUAUCCAGAACCAACCAAAGCUGCGAUCACUCAGCGAACAUUGCCCAAAUACCCCAUUCCAUGUGUUCGCAAAUGUGAUGAUGAAAAUGUUGAUCAUCUGACUGAUUCCUCUAUUCAAUCAGGACCACAAACUACCUCCCCCUUGAUUUCAGCACCAGCGAUCCCCUGUGAUACUCCUGGGACAGCUCAUAACACAAGACUGGUGACUUUUAAAGACAAAAACCUGUAUCCCUCUGAUGUUCUGAAAGAAAAGACCGAUCUCACACCAACAAAAAAGAUUUCAAGAGUAGACAAAGAAAAACAUGGGGAGGCAAAAGUAGAAGUAACAGACGAGGAUAUUAAUGAUACCAGGAUGCUGCAGAGUGUAAGGGUUUCUGAUGACAUUGAGGCUCCAUUUAAAGGCAGUCAGACUUGUGCGGUAUCAUCAAGCGUGAUUCAACCCGAAAGAGACAGUCCAAAACAGAGACCAAAGUACACAACAGUCAACUAUGGGGAUCCUUCAGUCAAACAAACAUAUAAACCCAAAGUCAUACGAUUCACCGACACCUUUACUUUCUAG